CCGGCAUCAGUAUGUAAACAAACUCAUGAUCAUUGCCACCCCCAGUGUAUAUGCUGUCAUUUCUUUUGAUUGUAUUAACUGAUGCUGCUAACGCGGUUGUAGUUAAUGGUUUGCGACGAAUGACAUCAACCAUGGCAACAAAACAGCGCCAAUGCCAACGACUGAUUGGGGUGCAAGGUUCCCGGAACAAAUUGAACGACGUGGUGGUCGCUGGACGAUCUGUCAAAACAGCCAAGCAGCAUAUCAUUUACUUCGGAGGAGAUGUCCAGGACUAUGAAGAGAAAAUGCAUGUAUGUAACACUGAAUAUAUACAGUGGAAUCUUGAGAGCACUGCAGAGUUGCUCUCUCAACGAUUUCCUGAAGGAAUGAUAAUGGUUGUGAAACCCAAAACUAUGUACUUAAACACAUUUAGUGUAUUUUCAAACUUUGUUGAUUUCUCUGAAUCUGGAUCUGUGCCUACACACAGAGAGGAAUGGGGUGGACUCUCCAAUUUAGUGAAACUCCAUGCAAGCAUACUAGACCAACUUCAUUCCGGCAUUCAGGAUUCAAGCAAUUCUUGUGAUGAAGAUGUCUGUGACCCAAAAGUUGAUAUUAUCUUGAUUGGAUUUAGUAAAGGGUGUGUUGUCCUUAACCAGUUUGUAUAUGAGCUGUUCUUGGCAGACAUUGAGGAGAAUGUAAAACUCUUUCUGGAGAAAGUGAAGUCAAUGUAUUGGUUGGAUGGAGGGCACAAUGGGGAAAGCAAUACUUGGGUCACUGACAGAGUCUUACUUAAACAGCUAGCUUCUCACAAGUUUGAACUGUUUUCACAUGUCACUCCAUACCAAGUAAUGGAUCCGAUGAGGGCGUGGCUUGGCGAGGAACAGGCCACUUUUGUGAAGGAGUUGAAAGAAUUAGGUGCAAACAUAAAUCAUUUUGAACAUCAUUUUGAUAAAAAGCCUUCUAUUGAGAACCAUUUUGAUGUUUUGAAGCAGUUUUAAAUUGCUCAAUGUGUAUAUCAAUGCAAACUGAUUGAAUACUACUCAUCAGUAUGUCAUAUCAGAUAUAUAAUAAUUAUGAUUAUAUGUAAUUUUAUUGCUCAGAUUGAAAGUCAUUAAUUAUGAUGAAGUUUAAAUGAUUACAGUGUGAUAUUGGUACGUAUACUGUUAUGUUAGAUUGUGUAUCAAAAGAGACUAGUGACUUUUCCUUGUUGUGAUUUGUAAUUUCUGUUGGAAUUAAGACAUUUGACUUCAUUGAGGAAUGUUAUGUAUUUUAUGCUUCAUUAUGAAAAUAUUUACCUUUAUGUAUUUUUUGUUUGUGAUUUAAUUUGUUUAGUGAUUGAAACAAUUUGCAACAAAACAAAAAAAAAUCCACUGAUUUUCUGUUUUUUAUGAACCUUUUACUUUUACCAUAUUGAUUUUUAAUAAACAUAAAAUGUUUACUGGGUAACAUAUUUAAUUAAAAUG